CUCAGGACUCUGUACCUGUGUACUUGUACGAAGUGCCAAGAAAGAUUGGACUGCCCCACAGAUCCAUAAUUUGAUUGAUUAGACGCGCGACCCUUUUUCAAGUUCGCGCUUUUUCUUUAACCUUGCAACUUUCAUCCUUCGUCAGCUCCACUCAAGUUUGCCAUUAUCUACCUAUUGAGCUCGUCAAGUUCAGCCUUCUAACGUUUUCCAACUUCCAAUUUCAAAAACGUCCGUUAUCUCACCCGAGAUAAAGAAGGCUACCUGACUUGAUAAUACUUCAUCGUUCGCUAUUUUCAAACCGUCGCAUUUGCAAAUCCAUUGGAAUCCUACUUUCCUUCUAUCACUCCUUCACGUCAUUGGUUGCAUAGCUCAAGGCAAGCACUUACGGAACGAUCAUGGCGAAGCAAAACACUUCCAAACAAAACGUCACGCCGCAGCACGCAACUGAUUUUGAGAAGAUCAUCAACGCUGGCCGCGAGCGCAAGAAAAAUGAGGCUCUCGCCGCACGCAUCUUCAAGCGCGACGGUAAUCGCCGAGCUAGCGCGCCUAGCGGAGGUUCAUUGGCAAGUCGCGCGGGAGUGAAGAAGCGCCAAUCUUUGACCGCGCAUGUCCCCGCCGGCAACGUCAACAACGAAUGGACUCACGAUCUUCACAAUGCGCAUGGCAAAGGUGCGAAAGCACAGAAAGACCCUAAUUCACUAGCUUCCAGAAUCCACGCCCCGGGCACUCCGAUCCCCCGACAACAGACAACACCGCGUCGCACACCCAAGCGCACAGCCAUGCUGCGCAAUGCUCUUGAGCGUGCCGCCUCUUCACCUGCCACAGAGCAGCAGAUGAAUUGGCAACGAACACCAACUGGCCCGUCGGGACAGGGCAUAAAGAUUAAGGGCUCUGCAGGACCUUUCGUAGUGAUGGCCCAGAACUUUGCGCCAGGAACCACUGCUGCUGACAUUGAGAACGUCAUGACGCCUGUUGGCGGCCUGAUCAGUAGCUGCCGUAUACUCAAAACCCAUCCGAUCAUCAUAGCCGAGAUCACGUUCGAGAGCAAGGAGGGAGCAAAUCGGGUGAUUCAACAGUUCAACAACCAGACGGCCGAUGGCAAAACAUUGAAUGUGUACAUGAAACCUGGUGACUCGUUCACGUCUACGCCCCCGACCGGUCCCCGAGCCCAACGCGACCAAGAGAGCCGACAGGCAAGCAACAUGGUGGUUGAUGGACGAAUGGGUUUUAACGAUCUCAUGGACACCGAUGACCAAGACACCUCGUAUUCGAACGGAAGUCUUUACAGCGAUAAGAUGGUCGCUAAGCCUAAUGGUGUCGGUGGUGGUAAUGACGGUCGUCGGGGCAGAGGAUUUCGUGCUGGCAGAAUACGGUGAGGGGUUUGAACAUGGUUUCCGCGCUGCCUGCGAUAAAAGGUCUAGCAAUGUCCAUGGUGGUAGUGGUGGCCAUAGUAAUGAUUUCGAUAAUAAUUAUGGCAAUGGUUACCACGAUUAUUCCCACUACGAUUACCCUAUCGACGCUCACAACUACCACCGCAUUAACUCCUGCCCGUACAAUCCGACAAAGUGGGCAGAGCACUACUGCCACCAAUGUUGGUCGUGGUAGACAGUUUCGAUCCAACUACUCCCCGUCAGAGACUAGACCCCCAAGUGUACCAUAUUUCCGCAAUUGUCUCUAUUACGAAAGGGGGGACACUACCUAGGCAUGCAGCACAGAGUUACCAGGUGCUAUGGAUAUGGCAAACGAAGCAGAGAAAACCAACGUCCAUGACGAUUUCUACUACCGCCCCAUACCUGCAAUUGUACUAACAGGAAGGAAAAAAAGAAGCAUCUGCAUGUUUUUUUGUAUGAUGGAAGCUUGGGACAAAGAGUUAUCCUUCAUAUACCUAGGUAGUCAGUCAGGGAAAGGACUUUUCAUAACUUCGAAAAAAAAACCUCGUGCGGGAGGUGGUAAUAGGGGACUUGGGGGAGUUCUUGGAAGGCGCGGUUGGGGCUUCGUCAUGUCAUAUUGUAAUGAGGGAUGGUCUGCCUAUUUUAGGUAGUCCGGCUGACGAUUAUGGAGUUUAAUAAUGCCUUUGAUUGAUUUUGAACUAUGA